CUCUCUCUCCCUCUCUCCCCCAGCUUUUGUUUCGCCAUGCCUAGUCUAGUGGUAUCUGGAAUAAUGGAAAGAAAUGGGGGCUUUGGAGAACUAGGAUGUUUCGGGGGAAGCGCUAAGGACCGAGGGCUGCUGGAAGACGAGCGCGCCCUUCAGCUGGCUCUUGAUCAACUCUGCCUCCUGGGUUUGGGGGAGCCCCCCGCCCCCACGGCGGGCGAGGACGGGGGAGCCAAAGGGGCGAACGACGCCAAGCUCUGCGCGCUCUACAAAGAGGCCGAGCUGCGCCUGAAGGGCAGCAGCAACACCACGGAGUGCGUUCCCGUGCCCACCUCCGAGCACGUGGCCGAGAUCGUGGGCAGGCAAGGCUGCAAGAUUAAGGCUCUGAGGGCCAAGACCAACACCUACAUCAAGACACCAGUGCGAGGUGAGGAGCCGGUGUUCAUGGUGACUGGGAGGCGGGAAGACGUGGCCACAGCCCGGCGGGAGAUCAUCUCGGCAGCUGAGCACUUCUCCAUGAUAAGAGCCUCACGCAACAAGUCUGGCGCCGCCUUUGGCGUGGCCCCUGCUCUGCCAGGCCAAGUGACCAUCCGUGUACGAGUGCCCUACCGCGUGGUGGGUCUGGUGGUUGGCCCCAAGGGAGCGACCAUCAAACGCAUCCAGCAGCAGACCAACACAUACAUCAUCACUCCCAGCCGGGACCGGGACCCGGUGUUUGAGAUCACCGGCGCCCCGGGCAACGUGGAGCGUGCGCGGGAGGAGAUCGAGACGCACAUCGCCGUUCGCACCGGCAAGAUUCUUGAGUACAACAGCGACGGCGACUUCCUGGCUGGCAGCCCCGACGCUGCCCUGGACAGCCGCUAUUCAGAUGCCUGGCGGGUGCAUGCUCCAGGCUGUAAGCCGCUCUCCACCUUCAGGCAGAACAGCCUGGGCUGCAUAGGCGAGUGCGGCGUGGACUCGGCCUUUGAGGCCCCGCGCCUGGGCGAGCAGGGCGGGGACUUCGGCUACGGCGGAUAUCUGUUUCCGGGCUACGGUGUGGGCAAGCAGGACGUGUACUAUGGCGUGGCGGAGACAAGCCCCCCGCUGUGGGCGGGCCAGGAGAACGCCACUCCCACCUCGGUGCUCUUCUCUGCCUCCUCCUCCUCUUCUUCAGCCAAGGCACGCACUGGCCCCCCAGGCGCGCAUCGCUCUCCUGCCACCUCUGCGGGGCCAGAGCAGCUGGCCGGGCUCCCUCGGAGGCCUCCCGGAGAGCCACUGCAGGGUUUCUCUAAACUGGGGGCCGGAGGGCUGCGGAGCCCCGGCGGUGGGCGGGACUGCAUGGUGUGCUUUGAAAGCGAAGUGACAGCAGCCCUGGUGCCCUGUGGACACAACCUUUUCUGCAUGGAGUGUGCAGUACGCAUCUGCGAGAGGACGGACCCAGAGUGUCCUGUCUGCCACAUCACCGCCACACAAGCCAUCCGAAUAUUUUCCUAAGCUCCAUGUCCCUGGUCUCCUGAGCCCGCUCCCUAGGGUGCCGCCCUGGACCUGUAGGGCUUUUUGAAAAAUCAGUGACUUACAGGGCAAGGUGCUUGGAAAUAUU